CUGCCCACCACUCUAUAAAUCCUCGACUCGAGAGAAAUAAAAGAGUAGGGAGUUAAAAGCAUAACAUCAUUGCAUUUCUUGUGACACAAACUUUUCCUUCUCCAUAAAAAAUUUGUGAGGAUGGCCAAACACAAUGUGCUGGUGAUCCAGCUGUUCCUUUCACUUCUUCUGCUCCCAUUGGCUCUUUCGUUAUCUAAUGACGGGUUGCUUAGAGUUGGAUUGAAAAAGAAGAAAUUUGAUCCUAAUAAUCGUUUUGCUUCUCAACUCGGGUUCAAAGAUAGGGAGGUGCUCAAAUCUUCCUUUGACAAAUAUCUCUUUGGCAACUCUAAAGAUGUUGGGGAUGUUGAUAUCGUUGCCCUCAAGAACUACAUGGAUGCUCAGUAUUUUGGGGAACUUGGAAUCGGUACUCCUCCUCAGAAGUUUACUGUUAUCUUCGAUACGGGUAGUUCUAACUUGUGGGUGCCUUCAUCAAAGUGUUACUUAUCGAUUGCUUGCUUCUUCCAUUCAAAGUACAAGUCUGGUGCAUCUAGUUCUUACAAAAAGAACGGAACAUCUGCGGCUAUUCGUUAUGGAACCGGAGCUAUAUCUGGCUUCUUCAGUGAAGAUAAUGUGGCGGUUGGUGACCUUGUUGUAAAACACCAGGAAUUCAUCGAGGCUACUAGCGAGCCUGGUAUUACAUUCAUGGUCGCCAAGUUCGAUGGCAUAUUUGGACUCGGAUUCCAAGAAAUUGCAGUUGGAGGUGCUGUUCCAGUAUGGGACAAUAUGGUCAAGCAAGGGCUAGUCAAGGAUCCCAUUUUUUCAUUUUGGCUCAACCGGAACGCUGAAGACGAAGCAGGAGGUGAACUUGUUUUUGGUGGGGCUGACCCGAAGCACUACAAAGGCAAGCACACAUACGUUCCUGUAACAAAGAAGGGCUAUUGGCAGUUCGAUAUGGGUGAUGUUCUUAUCAAUGGUAAAACAACAGGGUACUGUAAUGGUGGAUGCGCAGCUAUUGCUGAUUCUGGAACAUCGUUGUUGGCUGGGCCCACGACUGUUAUUGCCCAAAUCAACCAGGCUAUUGGGGCUUUAGGCGUCGCCAGUCAGGCGUGCAAAAAUGUAGUUGAGCAAUAUGGGGAAACAAUUAUUGAUCUUUUGUUUUCAGUGGAGUCACCAAACAAGAUAUGUUCACAAAUUGGUGUAUGCACCUAUGAUGGCGCUCACGGUGUUAGCAUGGGGAUCGAGUCGGUGACAAAUAAGGAGAGUUCUGAUGGAUCUUCCAAUGAGCUGCGUGAUGGUAUGUGCCCUGCUUGUGAGAUGGCUGUCGUGUGGAUGGAGAGUCAACUCAAACAAAAUGCAACCAAGGAUCGUAUAUUAAGCUAUGCUAGUGAACUAUGUGAACGAGUUCCGAAUCCAAUGGGACAAUCCUCUGUUGAUUGUGCUCAUAUUUCUAAGAUGCCCCCAGUUUCCUUUACUAUUGCAGGGAAACUGUUUGAACUUCGUCCUGAAGAGUACAUACUCAAGAUUGGUGAAGGACCUGCCGCACAAUGCAUUAGCGGAUUUACUGCUAUGGAUAUUCCUCCUCCUCAUGGACCGCUCUGGAUUCUUGGUGACAUCUUCAUGGGUCGGUAUCAUACUGUUUUCGACUAUGGAAAUCUUCGGGUUGGAUUUGCUGAAGCCGCGUGAUAUUGCUAUGCAUUCUUUUUCUUUAACUUAUUUCGUGUGCUCGGUUGGCGGGAUUUUCUCUUGUAUAUAUUGUUUAGUAUGAUAGACUUCAGUUCAAGCAAUACAAUUGAAGUUUGUUGAUUUACUCUGCUAAAUAGUGUUGCUAAAUAAAAGGGGUUUCCGUAUACAAUUUUAAGAUUUAAGUCAGUUAAAAGUUAAUUUAAAUUCAAAAUCAUAAGAAACUCAAAGUUAUUGUAAAAUAUUAUUUUCCC